UCUCACCAGUUACUUUUACAUGAUAAAAAAAAUACAAAUUGAUAACUAAUUUGUAAUUUAUAAUUCAGCUAAAGACGACAUGGAUACCAAAAUAAAGGUACCGCAGGCCCUGACAGCUAAAUUGAUGCUAUGGACAGAUGUAAGCUACCAUGACAUGGAGGAGAUCGACAAAAUGCAGUUCAUUCCUGACCUGGAGAGGGCUUUAUGCACUGUGUUUGGAGUUGACCUCCCUGAACCAAAAAGAGGAGUCCUGCUGGAGUUGUAUGUGCAGACAGUGCUUUUCUGCAGAGAGCGCAGCUUCAAAAAGGAACAGACGUCUGCUCUGUUGUCCAUCAUCAAAUCCGUCCAUGAGGCUAACACAGAAACUCCACUCAACAAUAUAGAGCAGUGUUUCCAAUACUGCAAGGAGCUACUUCUCUGUCACUCAGUCAGGCGACCUCCCUUUAGUAUCAGCCUCUUCAGCUCUGAGGAAGUGAACUGCAUCUUAAAGUACAUCCAUAACAACUAUGUGAGACACUACAAACUCUACAAAUAUAUUUUCACCCCACAGGUGAAACUUGACUUGUCUUUGACUUACUCUGGGAUCCCAGAGCAGGAUGAACCUACCGUGGAGGAUGCUUCUGUUCCAGAUGUUGAAAAUGUGAUAGAAGAAGAAACAGAAGCAGCACCAACGACAGACAGCUCACCUCAAACACAGGAAGCAUCCAGUGAAGAGCCAGAGGGAGCCAAACUUGGUUUGAAGUCAGAACUGAAGACACUGAUUGAGAAAGAGGUCAGAGAGCAGAUGACACUCGUGUCUAGACAACUGGAUCAGCGAAUGAAAGACAUUGCAGAUCAACACAGCAGGGCACUAAAUACUCCACAGCCCAACCACAAGGCCAAAAAAUAAUGGAAUAAGCACUCACACAAACUACCACAAAUCAAACUCAAAUAUUAGUUUAUUGUCAAUAAAACCUUUUUAUCUUCAUAUACAGUACAUGUCUGCAUUUCUCAGGGAGGCACUUUCAGGAAAGUUGCCACUUACAAACGGAAGAAUGAACCGAGUAGGGAAUGGCGUUGGUUAGUUUUGACAGGAAAUACAGUCACAAGUAGUCUUCACAGUUAGUCUAAGUGGGUUUCCUAUAGAGGAAUGUCUGCAUGCAUGGCAGCUACAGGAUACCACAAACACUCCUAAUACUGUACUUGAAUGUUUCAUGACUUCUGGAGCUGAUUUAUAACACUGGAAUAUCUGUAAAUCUUAACUGUGUUACAUUAUGUGUAUCUAACUGUCUAUUAAAUAAUUAAUCACA